AUGCGCCUCUGCCUACUCUACUUUGAACUAGCGAGGCGUAGACUGGAUCAAGUAUGUAUUAGUCUCGAAGGUGUGCGGCUGCUGUCAACUGUAAGCCCCGCCCAGUUUGCAUCGGAUUCCAUCUCUCUUGUAUCAUCAACCCACUUAUCAUCAACAAGCCUUUAUUUCACUGUUCCACAUACGAAGAUGCAAAAUCCUAAAAUUUUGAGGUAUUCACUAGAUUAG